GAAUGUUUGAACAGAUAACGUUACACUCUAACUGUCGUGCAAGGAAUCCAGAAAGCUCUAACUUUUCUUGUGUGGGAUAUACCAGUAGUGAAGUAACCUAAUGUGAGACCUUUAAACACUUCUGACAGGAUGGAGAAGAAAGACGUGAAGAUCAUCAACCAGGGUCUGGAGGACGAGAUGGAGGUGUGGGGUUACCGGCCGUGCCCCUGGAAGAUGGUUCUGGUGGCCGUUGGGGCGGUGUGCACCGGGGGGCUGCUGCUUCUGGUGCUCUACUGGCUGCCUGAGUGGGGAGUGAGAGGGACCUGCACACGGACCCCCUUCAUCAGGGAGGCCCAGACACUGCUGCUAAGAUCCACGGACGAGUUUAGGAGGUGGUUCCGGGCCAAGGUACAUGUGAUGCUAGCGCCUGGAAAGAGACCCUUUGACGGUGUUGAUCUCCUAAGCCCUCUGCACAUACCUAAUGGGGACAGUAUACACUCCUUCAGUGCCCUCCAAGAUGAACAUCAGGGAAAAUACAUCCAUAUCCAGCCAGUUCAGGUUUGCUACUUCACCCACCACAGCACAAAAUACUACUGGAAUGAUCUGCUUCAGAAUUUUGAAGUGUUUAAAGGUUUGGAGGAUGUCAGGGUGACUUGUUCCAGCAUCCACACUGACCACAGCUCUGGUCUCAGCAAACUACUUCAGGACUACAGGAGACUGUUCUUUGAAGUGAAUGAGAUAGCAGUUAGGGUGCCAUCUGUGUUCAAGCUACUCAUAAAAGAGGUCCUGAAUCCGUUCUACAUAUUCCAGCUCUUCAGCGUGAUUCUGUGGAGCAUUGAACAGUAUUACUACUACGCCGCUGCCAUAGUCUUCAUGUCUGUCAUAUCCAUAGCUACCUCGCUGUACACCGUCAAGAAGCAAUACAUCAUGCUGCAUGACAUGGUGGCGACCCACAGUAUUGUACGUGUCUCAGUGUGCAGAGGGACGCUCGAUGUCGAGGAGGCCAUGUCCACAGAGCUGGUCCCUGGUGAUGUCAUCGUCAUCCCGUCCAAUGGAAUGAUCAUGCCCUGUGACGCCGUGUUGGUUCAUGGAAACUGCAUCGUCAACGAGAGCAUGCUGACAGGUGAGAGUGUGCCUGUCACCAAGACCAGCCUACCCGGCUCAGGAGAAGAUGGGGCUGGCCUCUAUAGCAUAGAGGAACACAAGAGACACACGCUGUUCUGUGGCACUCACGUCAUUCAGACCCGCUUCUACACCGGGGAACUGGUCAAGGCCGUGGUGGUCAGGACUGGUUUCAGCACAGAGAAGGGCCAGCUGGUGCGCUCCAUCCUGUACCCCAAGCCCACUGACUUCAAGCUGUACAGAGAUGCCUAUCUCUUCCUGCUCUGUCUGGUGGGAGUGGCCGGCAUUGGCUUCAUCUACACCAUCGUCCUCAGCAUCAUAAACCAGGUUCCAGCCAAAACCAUAGUGGUUGAAUCUCUGGACAUUAUCACCAUCACGGUGCCCCCGGCGCUGCCUGCAGCCAUGACAGCUGGCAUCGUCUAUGCCCAGCGCCGGCUGAAACGUGUGGGUAUCUUCUGCAUCAGCCCCCAGAGGAUCAACAUCUGUGGCCAACUCAACCUCGUCUGCUUCGACAAGACUGGUACUCUCACUGAAGAUGGUUUGGACCUUUGGGGGAUCCAGAGAGUUGAAAAUGGCAGUUUCUCUCCCCCAGAGGAUGACCCAGCCAAUGAGACCCUAGUCAGGUCCUCGUUUGUGUCUUGCAUGGCCACUUGCCACUCUCUGACCAAGCUAGAGGGAGAACUCUCCGGAGACCCACUGGACCUCAAGAUGUUCAACGCUACAGGCUGGAUUCUAGAGGAGCCAACAGAGGAAGAAACAGCCCUACACAAUCCCAUAAUGCCCACCGUGGUGCGGCCACCCAAACAGGUGCUCCCAGAGGUCAACCAGGAAGUCAAUCUAGCACAGAACAYGGAGCUGUCUGAGCUGACGUUGUCCUAUGAGAUUGGGAUCGUCCGCCAGUUUCCAUUCUCGUCAGCUCUACAGAGGAUGAGUGUGGUGGUCCGGAAGCUGGGGGAGAAGCGCAUGGACGCCUACCUCAAGGGGGCGCCAGAGGUUGUGGCCAGCCUCUGCGCAGAGGACACAAUACCAGAGAGCUUCACAGAGACCCUGGCGUCUUACACCAGGCAAGGGUUCAGAGUCAUAGCCUUGGCCCAUCGCCAACUGGAGGCCAAACUCUCCUGGCACAAGGUCCAGAACCUCAACAGAGAUCUCAUAGAGACCAAUAUGGAGUUCCUUGGGCUCAUAAUCAUGCAAAACAAGCUAAAGGAAGAGACUGCUGGGGUUUUAAAAGACCUGCGACGUGCAAACAUUCGCACUGUGAUGGUUACAGGCGAUAAUAUGCUAACCGCUAUAUCAGUAGCCAGAGACUGUGGGAUGAUAACCCCUCAUGAGAGGGUCAUCGUAGCAGACGCCACACCUCCCAAAGACAUCCAGCCUGCUACGAUCAAUUGGCACUACACAGAGAACCACGCCACCAGCAAAGACAACCGUGUUGAGUCAGUGGAAAUCAGCCUUGAGGAUGUGGGCCAUGUGGCUUAUGGUGAGCAGCAGGAGCAGGGCUACCACUUUGCCAUGAGUGGCAGGUCCUUUGCUGUCAUCACCGAACACUUCCCUGACCUAGUCCAAAAGCUGGCACUGCGUGCCACAAUAUUCGCCCGCAUGGCUCCUGACCAGAAGACUCAGCUGGUAGAGGUCCUACAGAGUGUGGACUAUACUGUAGGGAUGUGUGGUGAUGGUGCCAAUGACUGUGGCGCCUUAAAGAGAGCUCACAGUGGGAUCUCUCUGUCAGAGUUGGAGGCCUCAGUCGCCUCCCCCUUCACCUCCUCCACCGCCAACAUCUCCUGUGUGCCCAACCUCAUUAGAGAGGGGCGAGCUGCUCUCAUCACCUCCUUCUGUGUGUUCAAGUUCAUGGCCCUGUACAGCAUCAUCCAAUACCUCAGUGUCACGCUCCUCUACUCUAUCCUCAGCAACCUGGGAGACUUCCAGUUCCUCUUCAUUGACGUUGCUAUCAUUCUGAUCAUUGCCUUCACAAUGAGUCUGAACCCGGCGUGGAAGGUUCUGGUGGCGCGGCGCCCCCCGUCCAGUCUAAUCUCAGGCCCUCUGCUGUUCUCCGUGCUGACCCAGAUCCUCACCUGUCUGGCCUUCCAGGUCCUGGCCUUCGUCUGGGUCCGGGGCCAGAGCUGGUACGAGAAAUGGACACCCCUCUCAGAUGCCUGUAAUGUUUCCAGUGCCAAUCUCACCCAUGGUCCCAACAUAACGUUACAUGUCGACCACAAGAACAUCAAGAACUAUGAGAACACUACACUCUUCUACGUCUCCUCCUUCCAGUACCUGGCAGUGGCCAUCAUCUUCUCCAAGGGAAAACCUUUCAGACAGCCAAGCUAUAAAAACUGGCCGUUCAUGCUAUCCUGUAUGGCUCUGUACAUAUUCCUCUUCAUGAUCAUGCUGUAUCCUGUUCCUGCCAUCGACAAUUUCCUGGAGAUUGUGUGUGUUCCCCAUGAAUGGCGCAUAACAGUGGUCAUCAUUGUCCUAGUGAACGCUGCUGUGUCUUUYCUAUUGGAGACUUUGGUCCUUGACAUCAUCUUAUGGAAGCUGGUGUUCAGUCGAGACAAGCAGGGGGGCAGCGAUGGCAUGGCCGUCACCUCCGCUACUCUCACACCUCAGUCUGCUAAUGAGCAUUGGUGCACGGCGUUCCUCUCCUGGCUGUUCUAUCGGAAGGGGAAGACCCCCAGAGUGCGCUACAUGCAAGUCGCCCAGGAGCUGCAGGAGGACCCCGACUGGCCGCCCAAACCUGCUACCGUCACCUACACCACCAGCACCCCCCUCCACACUGUCAGCAAACUGCUACCGUCACCUACACCAACCCACGCACCUCCACACUGUCAGCAUUGA